UCCUCGUGACGGGUUUUUGAGCUGUAUUUAUAGCUUGGAAAAAGGUGCAUCUGCAAAAAGCCAGCCUUCAGACUGGUCCCGUAAGCCCGAAAUAACCAAGCUUUUUUGAGCUUCACCAUGAUGUGCGAAGUUAUUCCCUCUCAGAUGAUACAAGUUGCGAUGGCAGGGAAGGCAGUCACGAAAGUCGUCCACAGGUGUUAUACUGCCAAAGAAGACAGAAAUCUUAACCUCUCAGAAUGCCAGUUGAUGUCAUUCCCUGAAGCCGUAUACCACUUGAUGCGGAAUACAGUGUUGCAGACAUGCGACUUAUCAUCCAAUGUGUUUAGAAAGAUCCCUCCUCAACUGCCCAUCAAAUUUGAAAGGAUUACAGAGCUCAACUUGUCUAAUAAUCGCCUGACCUCGUUGCCAGAGGAACUGAAGGAUUUGAAAGAGCUGCAGAAGUUGGACCUCUCCCAUAAUGACUUCCUCGUGUUUCCUAAAGUAGUUUUCAAAAUUCCACACCUGGUCUUUCUCAACCUCAAGAAAAAUUUCAUUGUCGAUGUGGAUGUCUCAAAAGUUCGAACUGCGCCAGCCUUAAAAGAACUGAAUCUGGAAGAAAAUCCUUUAACAAGGACGGCAUACGUACAGUUGAAAGCGUUGAUGCCUGGUAGAAUUCUCAUUCACGUCACAGAACCCAAGCCAGAGGACGACGACGACAGUGAUUUUGAAGUCAGUCCACCAAACAGCAGCGUUUAACAUUCGGAAUUUUUAUACUUUAUUUCCUAAAGCUCAGGGCUGUGAUGUUGAGAUUGGUUCAUGUUUCUUGCCGCACUAACUGUAUGACAUGGCACAAGCUAAGUGAAAGUUUUAUCGUACUUGAUUUGUUAAUUUAUUUCGUUUUGUUGAAAUGUUUCUUCAUCAAUGUGAUUUUUAUCAAUGACAAUUUAUAAUAUAAAAUAAUCGGUUUUAAUAAACUUAUUAAAAUGAUUUUAAUCGAUCAAUCUUUUUAUGACUCUCAAUGCAAAUUUGCCUAAAAGUCAAUUUUUUAAAAUUAUUUUCAAUUUGUAGAGUUUUAAUUGGACAAUUCUUAUUUAUAUUUGUAGAGAGCAAUUCGAUAAUAUUUGUUUAAAAUCUUAAUUUUGUCCAUUGUUUGAAGAUGAUGUUCAUGGUUUGUGUCAAAGAAGCAAUUGUUGAUUAUGUAAAAGAUGCUGAUUUCUCAAGCAAGGAAGCACUAAGUUUUUAGAUGAUGGAAUGCUUGUAGGAAAUACCUUGUGAUUUGGGUGCUAUUGUAUAUAUGAAUGAUGUAUAUUUGUUAUUUAUUGUGAGGCUUGAUGCUGCAAAUAAAUCCUGCUAUUUUGAUUUGCGCUCUCAGAAAACAGCUUACUUGCUGAAAUUUGUACAUAUUUAUUGUAUUUUUUGUACUAAGUUACUUGAUUUUUGUUGUUAUUUUUUACUAACUUUUUUUAAAUCUGUGUGAUAGUGUGUAGUAGCAAUGCAAUACUAUUCCGAAAUUGUAUUUUACUGAAUUUGGAAACGCGCCCUUUUAGCAAUGAAUAAUCGCACAUUUUGUGUAGUUUUCUUAAUUAAAAGUGUAUGCAUCAUAGUUUUUAAUGAAAGCGGAAUAUUAGGUAAAUUGUUAAAAAUCACUAGCUCAUUUCAUCGGUGUAACAAAUUUAAUUAUAUAUUACUAAAUUGAUCAGGAAUUCCUUUUUUUAAUAAGAAGUACUUUUUCUUGUUAAUUUGAAUAAAGCAUGAAAUUUUUGCCAUUAUGUAUAACCAUUCUUAUAUUGCUAUUACAUUAAUUUAUUUGCACAAAAUAAAUCAUGCUUUAAUUUUAUAAGUGACAAAUAAAAAUAUUUUUCUAAUUUAUUUUAAUCCGGUGCUUAUACAUAGGUAAAAUUGUGUAUUUACAUAUAGGAUCUCCUAACUUCGAAAAUAUUGCGCUAUGUACCGUUCCAAAGAAGAAGGUUCCAAAUUUUAAUUGUUUUCAAAAUGCAAGAGAAAAAUGGAAAAAUUAACUUUCUACGAUCCUUAACGAAAAAACUCAUUUAUAAAGAAUUAAUUGGAGUAACUUCAAAACGAAGCACUGAUGAUCGUAACAUGGCGCUUCAUCCAUCAUUGUCGCCAAAUCCUUGCGAUUAUCCAUUAUUGUCGCUGUACGCAUGAUGCUAAAUCAUAAUCUGUAUAUGAGUUACGAUAAUAAGGAAAUUAGCAUUAAUUGCAGGUUAUCAAAAUUGUAAUUCUACAAAUUAGUCUCCCAAUACAAUUAGACAAAAAUUAUUUCUAUCGAUUUUUCAGUUUUGCAGAAGUAGAUCUUUGUUUAAUUUAAACACUUGCCGAUCAUGCGCAAAAUCCAAUCAAUAAUGAAAUAUUUUUCACAAAUAAUGUAAACAUUUUUCUCGCUCAUAUACGAUCCCAAGAUUUACAAUAUUGAAUAUUAAAUGUAACCUUUGAUCUUAAAAAGCAUGCUGAUAUUCAAAAGAAGUGCACAUGUUAUUUAUGUAACAUUUUUAAAUACUUUUUGUGUUCAUAAACCACCAACAAACGAGGAGGUCUAAAUCAAAAUAUUUGUAUAUUUUGAAAGAAAUAUUGAUUGUGUCUGAAGUGCUAUCUUUGCAAUUCUUAAAGGGCUUGGUUUUUAGUACUUUUAUGCAUCGCAGUGAUGUCAUGGAGAAACAUGAUUUUCUGUAUAUGUAGACAUUUUUUUACAACAGUAAUAAAUUGAUUUGAACUUUUG